ACUCUUUCUCCAAUAGAUUUAAGUCUUAAUAAGAUCUAAUAAGAAUGUGUUAAAAAAUCUGAGAAAAUCAAGACCAAACAUGUUGAUCCAGGGCAUUUACCGAGAUAAAGGAUUAGCCUUAUAAGAAUGUGUUAAAAACAAUCUUAGAUAACUCGAGACCGAACUUGUUCUCACAAAGGAUCAUUAAGGUUAAGGCGAAUAUUGAUAAAUAAUAAAUAAUCCACCUAGAAUUCUGUAUUUAUUUAUUAAAUGGCUACCAGGUUUACGAAAUGAACAUGGGAAGUAUGUUUAUCGAUGGUCUGAAACGUUUAUACAAACUAUGGCUUCCGCAUAUAGUGACUGGAUUUUUUCUACUCUACAUAACGUUUUUACAAUUCAACCAAAUAGCGACUAUCAAGUCUAUUAAUGGAAGGAAUACAAUCUCACAAAGUCAUCAAGCUGAACAACUAAACGCUCAAACUUCACAAGAAAGCCGAUCUCAUAUUGUAUUGGGGAUUUUAAGUGGAGGAAAAAAUAUUCUUUUUCGGGAUACCCAAAGAGGUACUUGGAUCAAAACAAUGCUACGUUUACACAAGGUACUACCUUUCAAAAUAACGUACAAAUUUUUAUUAGACGAGCCAUCUUCUGAGUCAAUCAAAGAAAAUGCAUUGAAUCAUGACAUAGUGUAUUUAAAUGUGUCCCAUCAUGGUCGAGCUGUUAAAUUUGGUGAGAAAAUAUAUGUGUGGUGGAAAUAUAUACAUAAGGUAUAUCCAGACGCACUAAUGGGAGCAAAAAUAGACGACGAUGCUUUUAUAUGUGUACCUGAAAUGUUUCACAGACUAGAUACUUUGAAAUCUGGAAAUCUUUAUUAUGGUUGGAGACACGGGAAAGAAAAACAUGUUGACAUUGACAACAGAAUUGAUGAAAUGUUUUUAGUUUUAGGAAAAGAUCUAAUCUCCCUUGUUUCUAAUAGGACUUACUGUGGUGAAAGAAAAUGCAAAAAUAAGGACGAAUUGAUAGAAACUAACUAUGGCGGUAACUCUAUGGGAGAUUGGUUGUCUGUAUAUAAGGAUAAAAUAAACUUUAAAUCUGAUAAUGAUAGAAUUGUGCAAACAGCUGCAUCUAAUCGUUUUGAACUUGCUGAAAAAUAUGUAAAACCUGGAUUUUGUGACCAAAAAUUAAUAUUUCAUAAAUCUACAUGUGAAGUUAUGCAUCGGCUUCAUUUAUACAGGAGGGAGAGUUGAAACAAAACGUUUUACAAACAUAGUUAACAACUAACAUAAUAAACUUUUAAAGUCGAUAUGUAAAAUAAAUCAGUUGAGUGUGUAGAAGUUUUAUUCCAUUUUCAUUUUAUAUGGUCUUGAUAUUAAUUUAAGAAAAACCAAAAUAGUUGUUUUUCGUAACAAAGGUGUACUGAAAGAGAACGAACAAUGGUAUUUGAAUGGUAAAAUGAUAGAAAUGUGUGAUCAGUUUGUAUAUCUUGGUUUGUUAUUAAACUAUAAUGGUACUUUUACUGUAACACAGAAAACACUAUCUGAACAGGGUAGAAAGGCUACAUUUUGUUUAUUGAGUAAGAUUUAUGAUGAUUGUUAUAACACUGAGACUUUGAUGUCCCUUUUUGAUACAUAUGUAACAAGUAUUGUGAAUUAUGGUUGUGAAAUAUGGGGUUUCCAUAAGGGAGCUGAUAUAGAAACGCUUCAUUUGUAUUAUUUAAAAAGAAUUUUGAAAGUGAGAAAAACGACUGUGAACCAUAUGGUGUAUUUUGAACUUGGGCGUUUACCAUUGUAUGUUAAUAGAUAUGUAAGAAUGGUACGUUAUUGGUUUAAGUUAUUAGAAUCUAAUAAUUGUAUAUUGAAUACUAGUAGUAUUUAUGAAGAUAUGUACGAAUCUAGUUUUGUCAAACCGAAUGACAAACUCAAUUGGAGUUGUAAAAUAAGAGACACACUAAACAGGUAUGGAUUUAAUGAUAUAUGGUUAGCAUAUAAAAGUGUUGGAAAUAGUCAAUUAUUUUUGCAUGAAUUUAAAAAAAAGAAUUGUUGAUAAUUAUAUAGCCGAAGCCUUGUCAUUUUUUGAAAACACUUUAAAAUGUUAUUUAUAUCAAUAUAUACAUGAUGGACAUACUUUGCAAUUUUAUUUGAAUCGACCAUUGAACAGUUUAUAUCAGUCAUAUGUAACUAAAUAUAGAAUCAAUUCACAUUCACUUAAUGUAGAAACUGGAAGAUACUUUAAUAUUUCCAGAAAUGAGCGUAUUUGUAAUAUGUGUAAUAAGAAAGUAAUCGAAGACGAAUAUCAUUUUGUAUUAGAGUGUGAUAAAUAUGUAAAUGUCAGAAGUAAAUAUAUUAAGAUAUAUUAUUACAGAAACCCAUCUACCUUCAAAUUAGUUCAAUUACUAUCUGUAAGAAAUAUUAAAGAAUUAAAUAAUCUGGGUAAAUAUCUGUACGAGGCAGAGAAAAUUCGUAACACUUGAUUUUUGUUUUGUACCUUUAUUACCAAUGUAAAUUGUAUGCCAAACUCCGCUAUAUAUUAAUGCUGUAUAUGUUUAUGUAUAUGUUUAUGUAAACUGUAUAAUUUGUGUAUGUAUUUAAUCCUAUGAGCUGUGUAUUUGCUUACGGAAUAAAGAAUUAUUAUUUAUAUA